GAUGAUCCUCUAAAACAUUUCAUAAAAUUACCUUAUAAUCAAAAGUAAAAAUAGCGAAUAGAGAGCAAUGGACGAGAACCAUAAUAACAAUAAUAGUAUCGUAGUUCAGCAGAAGCAGGACCUAUUACCACUGAAAGGGCUCAAAAUAUCAAGUUCAGAAGAGGUUCCUGAUGAUGUUGAACUUCUGAAGGAUGGAAACAAAGAGGCUACCAAAAUCAACUUUGAAAGCACACAACAAGCGAGACAGCUAAAGGAAGCUGGAUCUAGCACUUUGAGUGCUAAUGUUGCCACGAAAGAUGUUAACACCAGCACCCUUAAGGGGUGUCCUGGGGAUGACACUAGCAAUUUCAAACCGGCCAAUGAAACUCAAGAUGAUGGUGACACCCGUGGGAAUACUACCGGAGAAGCUCGAGAAGGGAGCUCUGACGAAGGAGAUACUCAUAAUUUCUCCAAAAAUGCUACUCUAGACAAGACUCUGAGCUAUGAUGAAGGGGCUACUCUAAUCAGGGAACGUUUCCUGAAGAAUUCGACUAAAGCCCAGUCACAAAAUUUCCAGAACGGUAAAAGUGUUGAGAUCACACUGGAUCACCCAAAGAGCGAGGGCAAUCCAGCAAUUGGAGACUCUAGCUCUGGCAAAUCUUUGACGAACUCUACAAGGAAAGAAGAAAAGACAAGGAGAAACCGGGUGAAGCCUAAUUACUCACUAGAAAUGGCAAAAACAUCUCAUGCUAAAAAGAGGUUCGAGGAGUCCCCUAAAUCUCCUGAAGAAGCUCCUCCUGCCCCUCCUAGGCAAAUUUCAAAGAGCAAGGCCAAAGAAAUUUGCCUGAACUGGAUUAAGAGCUUAAUCGCUCUUGAAGCAAAAACAAAUAUGGAAGACGAUAAGGAACUUCCUGACGCUGAAGUAUCUGAGUACUGCUCAAAUAAGAUGUGACCAAUAUCUAUCAACAAAAUCCAGAAGACCCCCAAAAUCAUGAAACAGCUCAAGAGAGUGAGGAUGAGGAAGGUCCACCUGGAAAACGAGUACAUGAACGAAGACAGAUGGUACUGCCUAAAAUGUCUUCAAUCCCAUGAACAGUCACUAUCCUGUCUCUAUUGCUCCCAAGUCUAUUUCAUUGAGGAGGAAGUAUUGGAAGACGAAGAGAAAGUCUGGAUUUGUUGCGACAAAUGCGAUAGAUGGAUCCACUUGGAGUGAGAAAUUCAGACAGGAAAGAAUUCCAAAUUGAGACAUCAAGAUUACGACUCUGAAAGCUUCAGGUACUCAUGUCCUGAAUGCAAACCAAGCUCAACAAAAAAGAAGACAACUAAGAAAGAACAGAGGAAAGCAGCUAAGAAAGGCGUCAAAACCAAGCCAGAAGCUGCUAAGAAAGGACGAAGGAACACAGGGAACUCAGAAGUGUCCGGUAGCGUUAAUGACGGUGAGAAAGCACCAAAAAUUCCUCUAAGAGCUUCAGUAUCUCAGAGAAGGAGAUCUGACCUCAAUUCGAGUUCCUACUCAAAUUCACUAGACGACGUCUCUCAGAAAGAUAAAAAUGUCGUCUUUGAAAGUGACGCAAAGAUGGCUGACGAAAGUUCGGAAAUCAACAACUAUGUAAGAGAAGACUCCCAAAUGUGCAGCAAUGAAGAAAGUAAGAGAAGGAGCACUGAACUCAGUUCCAAAAAUCACUCUAGAGAGACCAAAGAGAACAGAAGGAGUAAUAGGACUAGGAAGGUGAAAGAAUCAAAAGCUUCCAAGGAAAAUAUGGCUAAAAAUAGAAAGAACCUCAAAAGAAAUCAUGAAGAAUACAGCCAACAGGACUACAGCAAUGGAAGAGAGUCUGUUCAGGAGCUUACACUGUACAGAAGCCUAAAAAUUGCCAGGGAAAGAGAAGACAUUGUUGAAGCAAGAACUCUGGCACCUAAAGUUCUACAGUUUUGAGGUUUAUCCCCAGCCCAAGUCGCUGAAAGAGUCGAGAAAGAUCUAGAAAUUAUCAUGCAACACCUGGCUGAAGAUAUGAAGAAUGACGAGAACCUCAGAGACUCAUUUAUGGGAGAAUUCUCUCAGAGAGACAUUUACUUCAACAGUCCUGAGAAAGACACUGAAAGAGGAGCAUACUGAACAAAUUCAUCAAUGAAUUUGGCUAGUAGUAGCUUUGGAGGAGCUACAAAUGCAAAUGAGCAUGGUAAAUCGUUGAGAUCAAGAAGAACUAGAACAGCUACUUCCAAAAACUACUAAUUUAAGCUUAUUAAGAGCUUUAAGCCUAACCUAAUUGGUUGGUAUGGAUGCCCUAUUAGCUCCUAAAGUAAUUCAG